CCCCUCAUCAGGAAAUGUGAGCGGAGCUCAUGGAAACUGAUAGGGAGGUACAAAGUGUUAACUGUAGUAGUGGAUGUGACAGCCGGCACAGGAGGACUUAGCUGCUAAGUGAGCACUGGAUAUACAUUCCCGAACGGAUUCAAGCAAUGGGCUACCCUCCCUGGGCAUCUACUGCUGCUCUUCUGUCUCUGGUGUUCCUGGGUUUCCUGACUGUGAGUUCGAGAAGUACUCGCUCUGAAGAGGACAGAGACACAAUGUGGGAUGCUUGGGGCCCGUGGAGUGAUUGUUCACGCACUUGUGGAGGGGGAGCUUCCUACUCCUUGCGACGAUGCUUAAAUGGCAGGAACUGUGAAGGGCGGAAUAUCCGGUACCAGACAUGCAGUAAUGUGGAUUGUCCACCAGAAGUAGGUGAUUUUCGGGCCCAGCAGUGCUCUGCACACAAUGAUGUCAGGUUCCAUGGAAUGCUUUACGAAUGGCUUCCAGUUUACAAUGAUCCAGAAAAUCCUUGCUCACUCAAGUGCCAGGCUACUGGGACAUCUCUUGUUGUUGAGCUAGCACCAAAAGUACUGGAUGGAACACGAUGCUACACGGAGUCACUGGACAUGUGCAUCAGUGGAGCAUGCCAAAUCGUUGGCUGUGACCACGAAUUAGGAAGCACUGCUAAAGAGGACAACUGUGGACUUUGCAAUGGAGAUGGCUCUACAUGCAGGCUCGUUAGAGGACAAUACAAGCCUCAGCCUGGAUCUCACAAAAUGGAGGACAUUGUGAUUGCCAUCCCAUAUGGAAGCAGGCAUGUUCGCCUUGUGCUGAAAGGGCCUGGUCAUUUAUAUUUGGAAACAAAGACUCUCCAAGGUAUAAGGGGUGAGAACAGCCUCAACAGUACGGGUUCAAGCAAUCUUGCAAACACAACUAUUGAUUUCCAGACGUUUUCAGACAAGGAAAUUCUUCGAAUGAGCGGGCCUCUUGGUGCUGAUUUCACAGUCAAGAUCCAUCAUGUUGGUGCAACAGACAGUGUGGUACAGUUCAUCUUCUAUCAGCCCAUUAGCCACAGAUGGAGGGAAACGGAUUAUUUUCCAUGCUCUGUCACCUGUGGAGGAGGAUAUCAGUUGACAUCAUCUGAGUGUUAUGACCUUCGUAGUGGGCGAGUGGUACCAGACCAGUACUGUAACUAUUAUCCUGAAAAUGUCAAGCCUAAGCCUAAACUACAGGAGUGCAACAUGGACCCCUGUCCAGCCAGUGAUGGCUACAAGCAGAUCAUGCCUUAUGAUAUCUACCACCCAUUGCCUAGAUGGGAGAGUACUCCAUGGACAUCAUGCUCCUCUUCAUGCGGGGGUGGAAUUCAGACUCGCACGGUAUCCUGUGUUGAGGAGGACAUCCAAGGGACCAUAAUCCCCGUAGAAGAGUGGAAGUGCAUGUACACCUUAAAGAUGGCCACUGUACAGCCAUGCAAUAUCUUUGAUUGUCCCAAGUGGUUUGCACAAGAGUGGUCACUGUGCACAGUGACAUGUGGACAGGGCCUUUGGUACAGGGUUGUUCUAUGUAUGGAUCACAGAGGGCAACAUGCAGGAGGGUGCAACCCCAAGACAAAGCCCCAUGUGAAGGAAGAAUGUACCACUUCAAUUCCUUGUUAUAAAUCUAGAGAGAAGAUUCCAGUAGAAGCAAAGAUACCAUGGUAUAAGCAGGCCCAAGAGCUUGAAGAAGUUGAAAUUUUGUCAGGAGAACCAACAUUUAUCCCAUCGCAGUGGUCACCAUGUAGCACUACUUGUGGUGUUGGUGCUCAGGUUCGUACAGUGAAAUGCCAGGUUUUCCUAUCGUUCUCUCAGAAUGUGGCUGAUUUACCUGAUGAUGAAUGCCAGGACCCCAAACCUCUCACACAACGAGCCUGUUACACUGGACCCUGCAGUGGGGAGUCACAGGAGUAUAACCCUGCAGAGGAUGAUGUUCUCUACGGUGGCUUGCAUGAUAUUGAUGAGCUAUAUGACUGGGAAUAUGAAGGAUUUACUGAGUGCUCUGAAUCUUGUGGGGGAGGUAUCCAGGAAGCAGUGGCAGUCUGCCUGAAUAAACAGACCCAGGAGACAGUGGAUGAAAGCUUGUGCAUGAGUAGUCGACGCCCUCCACAACUUCUGAAAGCCUGCCGACUGGAGCCUUGCCCCCCAAGGUGGGAGCAUGGGAAUUGGAGUGCAUGUUCUGCUACCUGUGGUGUAGGACUACAAACCCGGGAUGUCUUUUGUUUUCAUCUGCUUUCGAGAGAAACUAAUGAGACUGUGAUACUUGGAGAUAAAAACUGCCAUAGGCCAAAGCCAGUUGUGGUACAAGCCUGCAAUCGUUUUGACUGCCCCCCUGCCUGGUACCCAAUGGAAUGGCAAGAGUGCUCCCAGACAUGUGGCAAAGGCAUGCAAAGUCGUGAGGUGUUAUGUAAACAACGGAUGUCAGAUGGUAGUUUUCUGGAACUACCAGAGACUUUCUGCCCAGCUUCCCGGCCAGUAAUACAACAAGUUUGUGGGCACAAGGACUGUCCUGCUGAGUGGACCCCUUCCAACUGGUCACAGUGUUCUGUAAGCUGUGGAGAAGGGACCCAAAGCCGUAUUGUCAUUUGUAAGAAAAUGCUGCAAGAUGGCAUAUACAUCACAGUCAACUCCUCCCAGUGCUCCAGUGUACCUGACCCCCAGUUGGUCAAACCCUGCUCUUUGCCAUCAUGUCCAAAAUCAAGUAGACCCAGUCAGAAACAAGACCCACAUAUUUUGGCCGUGAAGAAGAUUUACAUUCAGUCACGAAAAGAAAAAAAGUUGCAAUUUGUAGUGGGUGGUCAUGCUUACCUGUUGCCUAAAACAUCAGUUGUCCUUAGGUGCCCUGUAAGAAGAUUCCGGAAAUCAUUAAUAGCAUGGCAAAAAGAUGGUAAACCAUUAUCCAGCUCUACUCGUGUUACUGUUGCUCCAUAUGGCUACAUCAAGAUCCAUCACUUAAAUCCUUCUGAUAUUGGAAGCUACACAUGUGUGGCUGGAACAGCAACUGAACAUUUUGUCAUUAAGCUUAUUGGGAACAAUAACAAACUCCUGGUCUCUCCUUCUCUACUCUUAGAUGAGGACACACCUGGGAAGGACAGUCUCAAUGAAUCUUUAAGCCCAAAAGAGAAGAACUUUCGCAAACGCCUAUCCAAUGGAAGUGUACCAGAGAAACAUGAUCUUUUCUUGGACCAGAGCAGUCAAUAUGAUCACAUUAUCUCAAAACUUCUUGAUAUGAAAGCUGUAUCCAAGGAAAACCUGGAUUCUCCAGAGUUGCAGGAUUCAAAAGAGAGAAACAUGUCAUCAGAAGAAGAUCAUAGCUUGGAAUCUGUAAGCCCUUUAACCAUCACAACAGAGCAGAGAAGACUGGAUGAUAUUAUAAGGAAUCUAUCAAAGCAGCCAGAAGAAUUCAAAGAUAUCUACACUGAAAGAUUAAUUGCACAGCUGAUGUCUGAAAUUUUAAAAAGCAGCAUGGAAAAUAGAGAAGCCAGUUCAAAGCUUGAUAAACCACGAACUAACUAUUUUUCUAUAAAAUCACCAUCGCAUAAAUCAGAUUCUAAACACACAUUACCCGUUAAAACAUCUAAACAUUCUGAUUUGACAAAUUUGACCCAUUCUACAAGACUGCCUAGUAAACAUUAUAGAGGACCAGUGAUUCUCCAGAAAACACCUGCUGCUCAGCCAGGAGCAUCACUGGAGAUCGUUGUUUAUGUGGGACAAACAGUGAUGCUUGGAACCUGGACAUUGAGUCUAAUUAUAAACUGUGAAGCAGUGGGAAGUCCCGAACCAGUUAUAAGUUGGACCAAAAAUGGAGAAAAAAUAAAAUACAGCAGCAGGAUUAAUUUCCUUCCAGAUAACUCCUUGCAGAUCUUGGCACCUAGUGGGGAAGAUGUUGGUUUCUACUCUUGCAAUGCAUCAAACAACUUUGGUUCAAGCACAUUAUCCACUGCAGUCACCUUAGCAGGAAAACCUGUGAUAAAAACUUCAAGAGCUGUUACAGUGAAUCUUUACUCACUCUCAUCCUCUGUGGAUGUCGGCAGUGUGAUGAAAACUAUUCCAGGGGUCAAUAUUACAAUCAGAUGUUUUGCAAAAGGUGUACCUGAUCCUGAAAUUACCUGGUUUAAGAACAAAGCUCGGUUAUCUCAUCACGGUGCAGCAUUACUAAUCAACAAUGCUGAAAUGUCAGACCAAGGACUGUACUCCUGCCAGGCAGCAAACAUACAAGGGAAGGUGCUGGCUAAUACACAGCUGCUAAUACUUGAUCCUUUGCAGACACUUUUGGCAUUUGCAGAUUUGGGGACAGUAUUGUCAUCCCCAGGACCAACUGUCCACUCGGUCCUUGCAACUACCUCUGGAACUAGACUACAGCUGAAUUCUGGGAGUUCUGUGUUAAUUGGUUGUCCCUUGCCUGAUCGCUCAACAUCCAACAUCACCUGGUUUCACAAUGGGAAACUUGUACAGCGGAUGCCCAGGCUGAGGUACCAGCUCAUGGCAGCAGGCCAAAUCUUCCAGCUACGGAAUAUCACAAAAGGUCAUCAGGGCGAAAUCAGUUGUCUAACUCAAUCUGGAUUAGGCUCGCUUUUGAGAAAAACAGUGCUAGAGGUGAAAGAUUAUCAGUGGUCACUUGGCAGCCUGUCUGUAUGUUCAGCUCCUUGUGGAAAUAAAGGAGUCCAGUACCCGAAUGUGAAGUGCUUGCUAGAGAAUGUGGAAGUCAAUGUGUCACACUGCAUGGCAAAGGCAAAACCAGCAUCACAGCCUAUCCUAUGCAACAGAAAAGACUGUUCACCAAGAUGGAUGGUUACACACUGGUCACAGUGCAGCCAAAGCUGUGGAGAUGAAGGCAUACAUCGGCGGCGAGUAACUUGUCAGAAAGUGACAGCAACAGGGGUGGUCAUGAGCCUACCAGACAGCAGUUGUGCACAGAUAGUGCGACGCCCCCUAGAUACUCAAAGCUGUAACAGAAAGCCAUGUGGAGAGUGGAGCGGUUCAGCAUGGGGUCAGUGCAUUGGACAGUGUAUAGGACCAAGACUGGCUACACAACAACGACAGGUCUUCUGCCAGGCAAAGAAUGGGACUGUAUUAUCUUCAGAGCACUGCAGCAGUCUACCAAGGCCAUCAAGUACACAGAACUGUUCAAAAGAAAGCUGCAACACUCAGUGGAGAAUUAGCACGUGGACUCAGUGCACAGCUACCUGUGGAACCUAUGGUUUCCAGUCUAGACGAGUUGACUGUGUGAAUCUUCGCCUUAACAAGAGUGUCCGUGAACAACUCUGUUCCUGGAAGCCAAGACCUGUAAACUGGCAACGUUGUAACAUAACACCCUGUGAAAAUGUGGAAUGCAGAGAUACAACAAGAUACUGUGAGAAGGUGAAACAGCUAAAACUCUGCCAGCUUUCCCAGUUUAAACUGCGCUGCUGUGAAUCCUGUCAGGAUGCAUGAAGAAAGAAGGUGGCCUAGAAGGAGAUAAGGACUCCUUACACUUGACAAAACUUUGUUCCACAGCACUGGAAGAAAAAAAUGCAGACUUUUUUUGCAAUGAGAAAGAGAUACGCCACAACUGAAAACAUAUCACAGAUAUAUAGUUUUUGGUGUUGGCAUUAAAAGCUUUAGACUUUAUUAGAUAAGUGGAAAGACACAUUUAUUUCAGUGAAAGCAGCUGCAAAUAUGAAAAGACUAAAGGCUUUUGAAGUCAUUCAGAUUUUAAUAAACUAGAUAAGGACAGAAAAGCCUUGAAAAAGACUUAUGUAUUUAAUACUAGACUUUACUGGAUUUCCAAUUCCACUACGAUAUGGAUCUGAAAUUGAAGAGCCUCUUCACAAAUGUGAUACAAGAAUGUUUUCAAGAAUGAGUCAACCAGAAGUCAAAAAGAAUAAAAAUGCAGUAUUAUAAAAAUAAGAGAUGCUAAUAUAAACAAGAAAGAAAAAAAUAGAGAAACAAUAGUCUGCCAUGGAUCCGUAUCACAAACUGGUGAAUACUUUUCUGUUCAGCAAAUAUAUAUAUGCAGCUUCUGAUUAAGAAGGCAGCACUGCCAGCAACAAGAAUGUACCGAAGAAUAAGGCAAGACAGUAAAGUGACUGUAUGAACUGCCUACAAAAGUUCCAGUUGUAAAAGAUGCAUUUUGCGUGUUAUGGAUGGAUGGAUGUAUAUAUAUGCAUGUAUAAAUUGAAAUCAUGGAUCAGAAAUGGCCAGUGUGCAGGGCAACUAAGAGUCAAGAAAGGGGCAGUAUAUGAAGUCUCAUUCUAUAGCACAUUGAAGAACAGUGAAUCCUAAACUGUGCUUAGUGUGCAUGUAUGCACACAAAUAUGGAGCGUCUCUGUUAAAUCUAACUUGUACAGUUGUCAAAUCUCUUAACAGGCACUUUACUAAGAAAUCUCAUAUACAGGAAACUGUCAUUGAUUUUUUACAUUUACUGAUUACCAGAUUAGUUCAGUUCAUGAUCACAAGGUAGCCAGAGCCUACCUUAGAAAUCAAGUUGGUGUAAAGCAGAGAUGCAUUUCUCACAGAUAGGACACCAGUUUAUUGCAGGACACACAUCAUGUGCACUCAAAUAAACACACUCACUCACAUGGCAUGCACAUCUCGAGGUAGUUUGAGAAUUGUAAGUUCACCUAUGGCAUAUCUUUGAGAUAAAUAAAAAGACAUAAAUUGCCCAUAGACACAGGGGGAAGAUGAGGAGAUUCCACAGAGAAAGCACCCCCAACUAACAUCCAAACUGGAGUCACAAGUGCAGUGAGGAGGUAAUGCUAUCCACUGCAUGAGUGUGACUCCUCCCUUUUUAUCACUGCUUUACUAAUUUUGAAAACAUUACAGCAUUCACAAACUCAUUUGUGACUCAAGUUUGUGUCUGAAACCAUGAAAAUCAUAUUCAUUUCCCUGUGUCUUGCCACUGUUUUAUUCAUAGAAUCAUAGGACAUUACUAGGCUAUUGGUCCUGAGGUCCUUACAAGCCUAGCCAAGAAUUUAUCCCAUGUUCCAACAAGGCUGCACCCUAUGCCACUGUCAAGCAGGGACACAGGUGGAAUCCCAGGGGUGUAGUUUCUGUUCCCCAUCCAGUUAUCCGGGUUGCGCUUCAAAAGAGUUAAUGAGGUACUUUGCUUUACGUGGAGAGGGAGACUAUUCCUCAAAACAGGGAGUCUCUUGGACACAAAUCUAUCCAGCCAGUAUUGAAUUAUGCAUUCAUGUAGUAAUAUCAAUUCACUUUUGGCUAACAAGAAAAGGAUAGUAUCAUCUCACCUAAAGUGAUAUGUAUAAAAUGGCAGAAUAUGACACACUAUGUUGGUAAGGCAGUGCUGAUUCAGCACUAGGGAAAUGUGCAAGAGUUUGAUUCAUUUGCACAUUCAGGUGUGAAUUCUUUCUCCUGACUGUCACAGGCCCAUAUCCCUACCAGUAAGACACUAACCCUGACCUCAUGAAAUGUGUUGUCACACACUGGGGAGGAGGUCAGUGUUGAAGAACCUAAAUGCCCAUAGGAAGUCAGUGUGUGGAUAGCAUGCUUUUCUACCUUCUGUUGUACACUCCUUCCUUAUAGCUUUCUGUAAUGGAAAAUAAUAGUAAGGACUGGAGUCAGAGUUCUAAGGCCAAGAACAAGAGUCGAAAAAAACACCUGAUCUUUAGUCAGGGCUAGAUGUCACUUGUCUAGUUCAUCAUUCUACAAAACAUGUUCAAAACUGGACUUCUUCAGCUUAGCACUGCCUGGCACACUGCAGAGGUCUGAUCACCUACAUGGAAAUGAGAAAUGUUUUGGGAGUUAUUCUAAUUAAUGUCGUAUAGGUACCACACCUUCGCACAUUUAUAGUGAUAAAGACUCAACCACAGAAGAGAAGCAAUAAUAAACUGUGCAGGAUUUAAAAUGUGGGGAUUUAUAUCUGCUUAACUUUCAUAAUAAUUUAAUUUACUGAAGUCUAAUGAAUCAUAGGUUCAUAGGUGUAUCCAAUAACAACCACUGAGGCCUUUAUAAACCUAGUGAAGCAUCCCAAAUGUGUCCAACAAGUUUAUGCGCUGGCCUUUGUAACUCUAGCCAUGCUUCCCAAAUGUAUCAUGCAAGUUUUUGAGUCUUGGAGGUUAUUUUAAUGAGUAUAUGUAAGCUAGGACAAGAUUUACAUGCUACACCUGUCAUUAGAGACAUAGAUACUAGACCCAGUGUAUAUGACUUCCCAUCUACUGAUCUAGGUUCUCUUGAAUAGGGUUAGGGAAGACCUCUGAUUCACAUACCUGUCCAUCCAAGAAGUCCUAUUCAUGUUGAAAGCAAAGUUUAAACCCCUAGAUCAAGUAAUUCUGAUACUGUUCAUUUUGCAGAUAUGCAAAAAGUCCAUCAGCAUGGGAUCCAAGGUUGCCUUGUAUACCAGUCAUAGAUCACCUGUCAACAAUCUGUAAGAAAUAGAAUAUAGACAUAGGGUUUUGAGGCAAUCUGCAUAGGACAUGCUGUGUACAGUCUAUAUUCUUUUUGUGAGAAACCUGAGUGGACAUUGCAGUAAUUGCAUGUACCUGGUCAGGUAGAUGCCGAAGGGGGUGUGUACUCAGUGAUGGGUCUGAUGAGGGCCGAAUCCAAUGGAAUGAUGGCUUCCUUUAACCUAGAUGUCAUGCCCUUGCUUGAGCAACAUAGAAAGAUUUCUUUACCACCUUAGACAUAUACGUAUGAAAUCUAUGGAAGAUGGAUGACUUUAGCCAGCAGAAUUUUAGCAGCUUUUUUAGUAGUGACCUAGUUUGCUAGCAUAGGUAAAACUCAGCAUGGCUGGUAAACAGCUCCUUGUUUCUACAAUACUGAUUUGUAUCUACAAUGCGGUACAUAUUUCUUAUACAGUCUAUGGUAUCCAUACAUCAGAGUCAUUGUUAAACACAUUCUUUGCUUCAAAACACUGUGCUUCUUUUUUGUGGACAGAAGUAGUAUGAAAAUUAGUGCCAAAGAGGUCUAUGUAAGACAAUGAGCUCCUAAUUUUCUAAAGUGUACCAAGAUCCAGUCCAAAAUGGAAUGUUAGACACCUGACCAUAAUGAUUGCCUUCACAUUUAAUAUGCUAUAUAGAACUUUGACUCCUGAGAAACAGAAGGUCACAAGGAAGUAAGAUUUUAUGUGCAAAGGUUGUGUUUUGCCUCAGUGGUCUGAGAAUAGCUGUACUACAUAACAAAAUAAGUUUGUUUUUUUUAACCAAGAGAUGUCUUCCAUUUGGAAAAGAGCAUCUGAUCAGGCACGGAGACAAAAAGGAAAAUUCACCUGGCACUUCUAGAGAAAGUCACAGUUUCUAAAGCAAUAUGCACUAAUUAGCUCAUGAAAGUACUAAAAUACUCCCUUGAAAGAAGGGAGAAUUACUAAAAUGCUCCCUUGAAAGAAGGGAGAAUUAACCUUCUGGUAACUCAUUCAGUGACUUUUGCAAAGGGAGCAAGAGAUAAUGAAUUAGAAAUCCAUCUAUAGCUGUCUAUUUAAUGUUAAAUGUCAUUCAUCUUGUACUCUCUUUAGGUACCCAGGUGAAGUGACAGCAAUGGAUAGCUGGUCACUUCUGCAUCAAUAUGUUGCUCAUGUAAUGAGGCAUUUAUAUUGACAUUCCCUUACCCAGCUCCUGGAGAGUGGAGAGCUACUACCAUCUGCCACUGUGUCCUCCCUUCCCCGGUCAGCUGUGUAGAAACCAGGCAACUAGUCAAACACUGGUCACAUGUGGCACAUAUUAUUGUUUUGUCUCUAUAUUUUCAGACAUGCAUCUUGUCCAUCUAAUACUCCCUGACUGCUCAGAUGCCACCUAGUGCAUGCUUCCUGCUCUCCUCAAAAUAUUAGAGCUCUGUGUAUCAAGCUAGCAAAACUGUGGGCAUCAAGAUGUGAAGGAAGUCCUGGUAUCUUGGCUGUUCUAGUGAACUGUACAUCUAAUUGGAAUUUCUGAUAUUGAAAUCUGAAAACAGAUAGCAAACAAUGAUCCAGAACCAAACUCCAAAACAACUCCUUAUAAGAGUGUGUGGGGAGAGUAUUAACUUUGUAAAAGAACACAUUUCAUGGACUCAGUUCUCUCAGAACUUUGAUAAGGGCAUAUUGAUAGAAAUCCUUUAAUUCAUGCUUGGUACAAGCGUAGAGAACAUUACUACAAUCAUUUAGCUAAAUCUAGUUACUGUCAGCAAAUGCAGAGGAACCCAAUACUGUGAUAGCUCACCUCAUGUUUCCCUCCUUGCAGAAAUGGGCUGUGAUAUCUCAGAGGUGACUAUAACCUUCUAUCCAUUGGCUGGUGCAGUCAUAGUUGCUUCCCUGCCAUAGCAAAAGCGUUUCUCCUCAUUGGUGCUUGAGACAUCUUAUAAAAUUUGAUUUCUUAUCCUUGUGUAAUUAAAAAAUGAGUCCAUUUACCUCCUGCUUAUCUUUCUAAAAUGUAUAUCUGGCAGAGGAUAUAAAAAGGAGUCUCAAUUUAAAACCAAUAUACCACCAUCUUUGAAGGAGGGAGGAAUGGGGAGGAACCAGCACAAGUCAAUAUUGCUUGGAUAUACUUGACCUAUAGAAAGACUAAAGGUUGCUGUCCUGAACUCACUAACAGAUUUACACCUUCAUGCCAAUAUAUAAGAGCUGGGAUGCCACUUUAAUAGUUGAAAGAUUUCUAACUUGCUAUACCUGAUACAUUUAAUACCUACAAGAGGUUCAGAAGAUCUGAUAAAUUAUUUGGAUAAAGUUAGUUCUUCUAGUCUUCCAGGACUAAUAGCCAUGUCAUCUGACAGGCUGCAACAUAUAUACAAUCUCACACACCUGUCAACCAUCUGCAUAUAUCAACAAACCCGCAUUUACACCAAAUACAG